AGCUACUCAAACUCGAUGGCAAACAUCACGCUGUCUCCAUACUAUCAGCACUCGCUGGCCAUUGCGUCCGUGUACACACUGGCUUACCUGUUCAUCUUCCUACUGUGCAUGAUAGGAAAUGGACUGGUGUGUGUGAUUGUGCUGAGGAACCAUCACAUGCGUACUGUGACAAAUCUCUUCAUCCUCAACCUAGCCAUCAGUGACCUCCUGGUGGGCAUAUUUUGUAUUCCCACCACACUGGUUGACAAUCUCAUCACAGGUUGGCCCUUCAACAACGCUGUGUGUAAAGUGAGCGGUCUUGUGCAGGGGAUGUCCGUGUGUGCUUCAGUUUUCACGCUGGUGGCCAUUGCUGUGGAUCGCUUUCGCUGCAUUGUUUAUCCCUUCAAGCCGAAGCUAAACCUGUCUGUUGCCAAGGCAACUAUCGGUUUGAUAUGGUUAUUAGCGCUGGUCAUCAUGUUCCCCACGGCAGUAAUGCUGACAGUUGAACAAGAGGAAGAUCACGUGGUUCUGGAUGGCAAGCACAAUCACACCUACCCGCUCUACUACUGCUACGAGACCUGGCCUGACCCGGAGAUGCGCAAGGUCUACACCACGGUGCUGUUUGCUCACAUCUACUUGGUGCCUCUCACCCUCAUCGUCCUGCUGUACGGGAGAAUCGGGGCCAAGCUUUUCCACACUCACGCGCUGGCUAAUGCAGAGCAGCUGGGUGCCAAUCCACCAGGCAAAUCCCCCAAAACACAGCGGCGCGUGCGGGUCAUCAAGAUGCUAGCGGUGGUGACCUUGCUCUUCAUGUUGUCCUGGCUCCCGCUGUGGACCCUGCUGCUGCUGACCGACUACGCGCGACCGGAGGGGGACAAGCUUGACCUCCUCACCGGAUAUGUGUUCCCCCUCUCCCAUUGGCUGGCGUUUUCCAACUCUAGCGUGAAUCCUAUUAUUUAUGGCUACUUCAACGAGAAUUUCAAAAAGGGCUUCCGGGCUGCCUGUCAGGCCCAACCCUGCUGCCUCAGUGUGCUGGGGAGCCUGGCGCCUAAGAGGAGAAGCAGGCACAGCCUGGCCCGAGGGCCAAGGGAGGUGGUUCUGUCUACCAAUUUGGGGUUGCGAAACCGGGUGCACACAGACAACGACCUGACAGGGUGCGUGCAUUUGGAGAUGGAGAACAGGACAGAGGGGCUGAUCGUGGAACUUGGGAACUCUGAGAAAGAGGGAGGGAGCUGCCGCGGGUUGGUGAGCGCGGACCUUAACAUGGAUGACACGGAGAUUAUUUCUCCGAAACGAGCUGUGUGCUACCAGGCCUGGGAGCUGUGAGAUGCAUUUCUAUGGACAUGGCUGAACCCAAGUGGAUUUGAAUAAACUAGCUCAGAAAAGCAAUUUGAAAUAUAUUAUUUUGUGAGCAUCGCAUCAAAAACCAUUUAGUAUCUUGGGCUGUGGAAAAAAUUCAGAACAGAAGUAAAACAGGUACACUCUAGUACACUCCAAGCACCUAAACGUAUGACAACACGUUUCCAUAACUGCUCCUUUUGUACUUUAGUUCCCCCCCCCCCCCUCUUAUUUUGCCCAAGAAAGUGUUUCAACAGGACCUCUGCUGGAUAAAAACAAUAUCUGUAUCUCAGUAGUCCUAAAAACACACAAUGUCCAUCAAUUUACCCAUGCUGAACCCCAGACUUAUAGGGGAAGAGGGGAAGCCUCACGAUUUCACACACAUUUCACAAGUGACACAUAAUGUGAGUAGUCAUUAAUACCCUUGAGGAGGAGCAUCCUGGGACAUUGUUUUUUGCUCCUGUGUGGCUGUGGUAAUGUUCACCUUUAACUCUGAUAUUUUUGGAAGGUCACCGUGACAUUCAAUGCAUUAUACAUACCACUGUGAAGA